AGUUAGUAAAAACCAGAUCUUAUCAUUCACCAAAACCGAAUUGAUCGAGAAGCUCCGAAUCCCCCAUGUCCGAGUCUCCCAGCAAGAAGCAGAAAGUGUCGGGCCCUCUGACGGCGCAUAACCUGAUCAACGGCGAGUUUGUGCCUCCGUCGGGCGACAAAUACCUCAACGUCAUCAGUCCGUCGACCGGUCGGGUGAUCGGCAAAUGUGCGCUAUCAACUGAUGAAGACGUGAAGCUGGCGGUGGCCAAGGGCCAAGAAGCCUUCAAAGAGUGGCGUCAGCUGACUGUCAAGGCCCGUGCAGCCAUCAUGCUCAAAUUCCACGCGCUCAUGAUGCAGCACCAAGAUGAACUGGCAGACAUUGUGGUGAAGGAGAACGGUAAGAACCGCACAGAGGCGCUCGCCAGCGUCUUGAAAGGCAACGAGACGGUCGAGUACGCAUGCAGUCUCCCACAAUUAGUGCAAGGACGCACCCUGCAAGUGUCACGAGGCAUCACAUGCCAAGAAGUGCGCGAUCCACUGGGAGUUGUGGCGUGUAUUGUGCCAUUCAACUUCCCCAUUAUGGUGCCCAUGUGGACCAUUCCUAUUGCGUUGACCAUGGGGAAUUGUGUCAUCCUGAAGCCAUCCGAGAAGGUUCCGUUGACAAUGUCACGUGUUGCUGAGUUGCUGCUCGAAGCAGGAGUUCCCAAGGGUGUCUUCCAGAUUAUCAACGGAACCGUGGAUCCAGUCAACAGUUUGUGUGACCAUCCCGGUAUUGCUGCUGUCACAUUUGUUGGAUCCAGUCGCGUGGCUCAGCUAGUAGCUCGUCGAUGCCGAGCACUGGACAAGCGUGUGCUUGCUCUGGGUGGAGCGAAGAACCAUCUUGUAGCUCUUCCAGACGCCGAUAUCGAGGUGGCUUCCAAGGAUAUUCUGGCGUCCUAUGCUGGCUGUGCUGGACAGCGUUGCAUGGCUGCAUCGGUUCUCCUUCUAGUGGGAGAUUGCUCAUCUCUACUUGACAAGGUCGUCGAGAAGUCGAAGGAAUUGACUCGAGGCACCGAAGCUGGCCAGGUUGGAGCCCUGAUUGAUGAAGGAUCGAAGACGCGUGUACUCAAAUACAUCAACGAAGCCGAAGCUGCUGGUGUCAAGGUGUUGGUGGAUGGUCGAUCAUGGUCUAAAGAGUCCCAGGGCUUCUGGGUCGGCCCCACUGUGUUGCUACACUCGAAUCCGAAGGACGCUGCGAUGAAAGACGAGAUCUUUGGUCCAGUACUGUCAGUGUAUCGCGUGAACUCGUUCGACGAGGCUCUGCAGAUCGAGAAUGGCAACGAUUAUGGCAACGCAGCGGCCAUUUACACGUCGAAUGGAGCGUAUGCCGAGUAUUUCCAGUCGCGUUUCCGCGCUGGUAUGAUUGGGAUCAACAUCGGUAUCCCCGUUCCACGUGAGCCUUUCAGCUUCGGUGGAAUGUACGGCACGAAGAGCAAGUUCGGAGACAUGGACAUUACUGGGGAUGGCUGUGUCGAGUUCUUCUCCACGAGACGUAAAAUCACCAGCAAGUGGAGCACGGCCAUCAACCCGGGUGACACAGCCAACUUCAGUGGACAGCUCUAAGCGCAGUUGUUUUAAACAACGACAAAGCUUGGUAUUAUUCCGCUAACAUGUCAACGUAGUGAUGCUGUUUCAUCACGUCAAAUGCAAUUGUUUUUUUUAUAAUACUGAUU